CCACUCGCCUGAUUUCUAGUCAGUGAAGCGCAUCAUGACCGACAAAGGCGGGGCGACUCAGUCGUCCCUCCACGCGUUCUUUGCUCCCAAAUCCACACAAUCGGGACGCAAUGCUGCAGAUGCGGUCGACCUGACUAACUCUCCACCGCGGAAGCGCGCGCGCGCUCUUUCACCAUCGGCUCCUCGGUCAGCUCCUCCACACAAGCGCGCAGCAACCGCCAAUCUCUCAACUAGCUCUGGUUAUUUCAAGAAGCCGGCUCGCGCCCCUUCCGGUCCACCCGCCUCCUUUGAACACUAUCGCCUGUCCAGGUUAGGGGAACGGGUCGAGCGUCAACCUCGCUCUGCGGAGGCAGAGGCGCGGCACGAGGCAUUUCUACGUGUUGUUGAAGGGUCAGGGUUUCAGCGCCGUCGCUCGCUGGCUCUUGACGAAGCUGCGGCAGCAGAGGCUCGCCGCGCCGCUGGAGAGGAUAGCGACCCAUCAGCCGAUGCCACUCCAGAGGUAGAUGAAGCUGCUGCUACGCUGCGCGCAAAGUAUGCCGCACCUGCAAAGCGCGGAAGGAAAAAGAAGGAAGAGGAGAUUGGGCCGAGUGGGAUGACAUACACUCCGCUCGAAAAGCAGUUCAUGGAGAUCAAGGCUAAGUGGCCUGACGUUCUGCUCAUGACCGAGGUCGGUUACAAGUACAAGUUUCACGGAGACGACGCGAAGACCGCUGCCAAGGAGCUUGGUAUCAUGGCCUUCCCCAACCGCAACUUCUAUACUGCAUCAAUCCCAACGCACCGUCUCCACAUUCAUGUCAAGAAGCUCAUUUCCUUGGGAUACAAAGUCGGGGUAGUGUCGCAGAUGGAGACUGCGGCGCUCAAGAAGGUCGGCGACAAUCGCAACGCACCUUUUGUGCGUGAGCUCACGCACCUCUAUACAGCGGCGACGUACGUCGAGGAGUCCUCCACCUUUUCAAGCAAUCUGCGGGAUGGCCCUCUGCUAUCAGGUGCAGCACCACCACCGACGAGCGCCCUCGUUGCAAUCGUUGAAGUGGACCAGGGGGAUCGCGCUCGUGUGGCGCUGGUCAGCGUGGUUCCAAAUACUGGCGAUGUUGUGUACGACGAGUUUGACGACUCGCCUGUGCGUUCGGAGCUCGAGACCCGCCUCACGCACCUCCAACCCGCGGAGCUGAUCCUCCCCAAAUGCAAACUCAGCAAGACGACGGAGAAGGUACUCAAGCACAUCACAAGUUCGUCGCCCGGCGAGACGGUACGCACUGAACGCGUCAGUGUGCAAGAUUACAGCGAGGCAUUCAAGUAUCUUACCGAGUUUUACAAGAAUAAGGGCAAGGACAAGGAGAGGGGGCCAAUCGACCUGACUGAGGAAGAAGACGGCGACAUAUUCAUGCACGAGAAAAAUCAACAGGAACGAAGAGAGGAUCACAUCGGCCUCGCUCGCGGUCUGCCUCGUGAGGACGCUGUGCUCGCACUCGUCGAUUUUCCGAAGCAAGUGGUCGUCGCGCUCGCGAUGUGCGUUCAGUACAUGACGACGUUCAACCUGCAGAAUGUGUUCCGAAAUCGCUCGUCAUUCACCAAGUUCAUCAAUCGCGCGCACAUGCUCUUGUCAAGCAACACCCUUGUCAAUCUUGAGAUCUACCGUAACCAAACGGAUGGUGGGGUGCUUGGUAGUCUUUUAUGGCUUCUUGACCAUACGAAGACCCGUAUGGGCCGCCGCUUAAUGCGGGAGUGGAUCGGGCGUCCGCUGCUCGACGUUCAAGCGCUGCGCACUCGAAUCGACGCUGUCGACGAGGUCAUGACAAACAACACGCACUACAUGGAGAAGCUGCGCAGUCUGCUCGUAAACAUGCCCGACCUGGUGCGCGGUCUCACGCGAGUUCAAUACGGCAAAGCGACGCUGAGCGAACUGUCGACUAUUCUCACCGGUCUGCAGCGAGUUGCGAGCGAGUUCAGAGCAACUGAAGGGAAGGUGUUCAAAUCUGAAUUGUUGAACAGCAUUCUGGCGAGCUUGCCCACAAUAUUGGAAACCACAAGGGAGUUUAUAUCAGCCAUUGACAUGAAGGCGGCCAAAGCAAACAACGAAGCAGACCUAUGGACCGACUCCAACAAGUAUCCUGACAUCCAGGACGCGAAAGAUUGCAUUGCAGUGUCCGAGAGCGAACUCGAUUUCCACUUGAAGGAUGUGCGCAAGGUGGUGCGCCGUCCUGCGCUAAACUACAUCACUGUCAGCGGGAUCGAGUAUCUUGUCGAAGUGCCAGUGCGCGAUGCCAAGAGUGUGCCACCGAAAUGGGUCAAGAUCAGCUCGACGAAGAGUGUGGUCCGCUUCCACACUCCUGAGAUCAUGCGUCUUUUGAAGGACCGAGAGCAGCAAAAGGAGUUGCUGGCCAAAGCUGCAAAGGCUGCCUUCCAGGCCUUCCAAGCCGAGAUCGCUGAAAGGCACGAACUUCUUGUUGUUGCUCGACAGAUUGCGGUUAUCGAUUGCCUUCUCUCGCUCGGCAAUGUCGCGCUCGCUGGCGGGUACACCAAGCCUGAGUUUGUGGCCGAGCCCAGCCUUACCAUCGAGGGCGGGCGUCAUCCAAUGGUUGAGGCGCUGCGCGACGACCCGUAUGUCCCUUUCGACGUGUCGUUCAGCGACGCCGAUGGGCACGCCAAGGUGAUCACCGGGCCGAACAUGGCUGGCAAGAGCAGUUGCGUCCGCGCAAUCGCUCUCAUCGUAUGCAUGGCGCAGAUUGGCUCGUUCGUCCCGGCCUCCAAGGCAGUGCUGGGUCUACACGACGCUGUGCAAACCCGUAUGGGCGCUGCAGACGACCUCGGCCGCGGGAAGAGCACGUUCAUGGUGGAGCUGAGCGAGACAAGCGACAUCCUUCGAACGGUGACGCCGCGCACACUGGUCAUUCUCGACGAACUUGGUCGGGGCACGAGCACGUACGAUGGCGUCGCAAUCGCGUAUGCAACCCUUGCGCACCUGGCGGGCACGGGGGCGAACACGCUCUUCGUGACCCACUACCCGAUGGUCGCGGAGCAACUCGCGCAGGAGUUCCCCACCGCCGUGAGUAACUGGCAUAUGGCGUUCUCGCAGCGCACCGCAUCCGAUGGCUUCGACGAGAUUACAUUCUUAUACCGUCUUGAGCGAGGGUUGGCAGAUGCGAGUUUCGGCGUUUGGUGUGCGCGUCUAGCGGGCCUGCCGGCAUCGCUCCUCCAGCGAGCACAGGAGCGCGCCGACGCGCUCAAGGCGGACACCCGCGACCGCGGCGUAACGGCCGUCGGGGCGCGCUUGCGUGCCAUUCUUGAUGUGGCACAGGGGGACAGUAGCCCAGAAGAGGUGGGGCGUGCGGCGCGCAGGCUUGACAGCGCGCUGGCAUUUGUGCGCGCUGCGCCGCGUGGUUCAGGAGCUGUGACGCCCGCAUAGGAAGAGGAUGCCUGCGCGCAACAUGAGCAUCACAACCAUACCCACAGCUUGUAUGUAUCUUGAUCAAAUGUACAAAUUCAUGCGGC